AACCGAACUUCCAAAUUCAACUCCCCGGCUUUGUUCUCCGAUGCUAUUAUGGAUCGAACUCUGGAAUUCGCCGGUUCCAUAAUCAUGAAAUGGAACCCAGAAACUUCAACAUUUGCAAACGUCACUUCUCUCUUCUACGAGAACCGUGGUGAGGGCAAUGAUUUCAUCAAGAACGGCAACGGUUUGCAAAGGGCCAUGCACUUUUUAGCCUCUAAGAACUCCGGUUCGGAGAAGCUCGUUCGUGCCCAGAACCUGAUGCAAAUCGCCAUGAAACGACUCCAAAAAGAGUUUUAUCAGAUUCUUUCGAUGAACCGAGCUUAUCUGGAUCCUGAGUCGGUCCCGGCUCGAUCAUCGCAUGCUUCAACUCGAUCGAGCACAUCCGACUACGAAGACGGUGAUAUUGGACCCGAAGCUGAUAUUAAAAUUGCUGGCGAUUCCAUCGAAGUCGAAGAUGUUUCGAAUAUGGCCAUGGUGGAUUUGAGAUCAAUUGCUGAGUGUAUGAUUUCGUCUGGAUAUGGUAAAGAAUGCGUGGAGAUAUACAAAAUUAGAAGGAAAUCGAUAGUUGAUGAAGGCAUAUACAGACUCGGAGUUGAGAAAUUGAGCUCUUCACACCUACGUAAGAUGGAUUGGGAGGUUUUGGAGCAGAGAAUCAAGAACUGGUUGAAUGCUGUGAGGAUUGCAAUUAAAACUCUCUUCAAUGGAGAGACAAUUCUUUGCGAUCACGUCUUUGCAUCCUCGGAAACAAUCAGAGAGUCAGUUUAUACUUAG